CUCUGCUCCAUGGAGCCCGGACUCCUCAUCACUGGAGCCUCGCUCGUCUUGUUCCGCUUGUUGAAUGGGCGGCUGAGCACUCUGAUUCCCGCUCCCAGCUCCGCUCUCCGGAACCCCUGGAAAUGGAGGAACAUCUGGACGUCGUUCACACACAGCCUGCUCACCGGGACAUGGGCUCUGCUGGGAUUUUACCUGCACCCCGAGAUGGCGGAGGACCUGAUUUCCACACAUUCCCGCUUUUCACAUUGUCUGGUCGCUGUAUCUAUAGGUUAUUUUAUCCAUGAUUUUGUGGAUAUGCUGCAGAACCAAAAGCUGCACCAGUCAUGGGAGCUGCUGUUCCAUCACACUGUU